AUGUCGGAAGUCGAAGCGACGCUGCAGCGCAUCAACGGGCACAAGGGCGUGCUCGGGACGAUCAUCGUCAACGACGAGGGCGAGCCCAUCCGCGCGACGACGAUCUGCGACGCGGACGGCACCCCCGUGGAGGACCAGGAGGGCACCGUCGCGAAGUACGCGGAGCUGAUCCCGCAGCUCGCGAGCAUGGCGCGGUCGAUGGUGAGGGACCUGGACCCGCAGAACAACCUGCAGUUCCUUCGGAUUCGGUCGAAGCAGCACGAGAUCAUGGUGCACUCGGACGCAGAGUUCACGCUCAUCGUGAUCCAGAACCCCGCGGCGGCGGAGUAGAUCGAUGGACAGGGGGUUUCGGUUGGCGCGCGUUAUAGCUAGGCAAGGACGGGGGUUGACGUGGAUCCAUUUGUUUUCGCGAACGAGAGAGACGACGA